AUGGCGUCUAGCAGUGAUGAAGGAAGGGCAAUGGGAGAUGUUGUUUUUCUAGAGGAAGAAGACGAUGAAGUGCUACGAGUGCCAGUAGGGAGGGCUGAGGAGGUUGCGAUUGACACAAGAUGGUGCUUGGUGGGCAAACUUCUUACUGGUCGUGUUUCGGAUUUUAAUGUUUUCCAAAAUAUGAUGGCUUUUCUAUGGCAACCGGGAAUGGGAAUGUAUGUCAAGGAACUCAAUCCUAAUCUAUUUCUUUUCCAAUUUUACCAUGAAGUUGAUAUACAAAGAGUCAUCGAUGGAAGCCCGUGGACUUACGAUAGGAAACCUUUUAUUUUUACAAGAUUAAAGGAAGGCGAAAAUCCUCGGUUUGUGGAGAUUAAUCAUGUCGAUAUGUGGGUGCAACUCCAUAAUUUAAAAUCCGGGAAUAUGACACUCAAUGUAGUCACGGCCCUAGGAAACUUUAUUGGAUCGUUUGUGGAAUCGGAUCCGAAUAACUUUGUGGGUGUUUGGAGGGACUAUUUACGUGUUCGGGUUCGACUAGAUGUUAGAAAACCAAUCAAGCGUCGUAUGAAGAUCAUCAACGAGGAUUCUUCGUGGUACUGGGUGAACUUUAAGUAUGAGAGGUUGCCUACCUUCUGCUUCAUAUGCGGCAUCAUAGGCCAUUCGGAGAAGUUUUGCCCGAGGUUGUUUCUGAAGCCAUUACACCUCCAUGAGAAGCCUUAUAGCUUGGAAUUGAAGGCAACAAAUCAACGACGGCAAUCUUCUUUUGGGGCGCAGUGGCUCCGGUCGGAAGCUGCUAUACGAGAUGAAGCUCGGCGAGAAGGCCAACCCAGCAAAGGUGAUCCCCCAACGAUUCUCAUCCCUAGAAAUCCGGAGCUAAUGGGGGAAUUAGUUGGCAAAUUCCAAGAUUCCACAAUCACUCACAAUCAGCCACAAAAUGAGGGAUAUGGAAAUAUAAAAAAUAAUAUGGAAGUUAAUGGAGAAGAGUCAACCUUGAAUGUUUCUAAUAGAGGAAACUUUUUUGAUUCCUCUAUCACCAACGUGAUUGACACCAAAAGAAGGAGACCAGAUAGUAUCAUGGGACACGUGGGCUCCUUGGAAAAGAUUAAUAGCAAUGAUAUGGAUGUUAUGGACCAUGACAUUGGAGAAUUUCCAAAAAAUGGAUCUUUGGCGGGCUCUGGUACCCAGGCCCGCCCAGAGACAUGA